CAGUCUUUAUAUAAACCUCUCCUUCACCUUCACUGUCUCUCUCUAAAUUCGCCCUUCAAUCGUUUUCUCUCUCUUAAAUCGUGUAUCAAUCUGCACACAAAUAUAUAUUCACCGAUAUAUUCGAAGUCUGAUAAACUCGGAUGCACCUCAUUGUUGAAUCUUUGCUCAAAAUCCAAGCUCUCUCUAUAAUAAAAAACAUCUCUUUAAUUAAAGGUAUGUAGGCUCUGUUCAUUCGAUCAAUUUGAUAAAGGAGUGGAGAAAUCGAGUUUAUUGGUAGAACUAAGUUGAGUUUGGCAAUCGGGAAUUGGUUUUUGAGGGUUUUGAAGGUCUGAUUCUAGGGUUUAGGGUUUUUAGCGAGUAAUGGAUGAUCUGGAAAAGGCCAUUCUGAUAAGCUUUGAUGAAUCCGGCUCGAUUAAUUCGGUGCUAAAAGAACAAGCAGCUGCCUUUAUUCAGCAAGUUAAGGAUAGGCCAUCAAUUUGUAGCAUUUGUAUAGAAAAGUUUUGUGUUUCGAACCUAGUGGAGGUUAAGUUUUGGUGUUUGCAGUGCCUCCAUGAGAUUCUUCGAGUUAGGUACCCUUCAAUGUCGUUGGAGGAGAAGGAUUUGAUUCGGAAAUCCGUGUUUUCGAUGGCGUGUGGCGAACCUGUCCAUGCCAAUGACACUAAUGCGGGGAGGAUUUUCGAGAGCCCUUCGUUUGUAAAGAAUAAGCUUGCCCAGGUUUUUGUGACAUUGAUUAGUUAUGAGUAUCCGGAAAUCUGGCAAUCUGUUUUUGUUGAUUUCUUGCAUAAACUGAGUAAAGGAGCUGCUGUGAUUGAUAUGUUUUGUCGGGUUUUGAAUGUGAUGGAUGAUGAGUUAAUUAGCUUGGAUUAUCCGCGUAGUGGGGAUGAUGUGGCUAAGGCAGGAAAGAAGAUAUACCAGAGCCUACAGGAUACAGUUGCCCGAUUCACAAGAAUGGGCAGGCUCUCAGACGACGUUUCACUAUCUGAAGAUGGAAGUCACAUUUUUGAGGCAAUUGGCUUGUUAAUCGGGAUGGAAGAUGUACCCCUUGAGAAACAGUCUGAUUAUCUCUCGGCAUUGCUGACUCCUCUUUGCCAGCAGGUUGAGGCGGCCCUCUUAAAUGCUAAGCCUCAGCAUCCUGAAGAGUCUCUUCUGCAGAUUGAAAAUAUGCAGCAAACAGUUAUGGCUAUUAAUGCCCUUAGCAAGGGCUUCAGUCAGCGUCUGGUAACUACCACCCGCCCUGGAAUUGGUCUCAUGUUUAAAAAGACUUUGGAUAUCCUCCUGCAAAUUCUUGUUGUCUUCCCUAAGGUAGAACCCCUGAGAAGUAAGGUUACAUCUUUCAUUCAUCGUAUGGUCGACAUUCUAGGACCUUCAAUAUUUCCUUAUCUUCCAAAUGCACUGGGCCAGUUGCUAUUAGAAAGUGAGCCGAAGGAAUUGGUGGGUUUUCUCGUACUUCUGAAUCAACUCAUCUGCAAAUUUGCUACCGAAGCCCGUGACAUCUUGGAAGCUGUGUACCCUGUUAUUGCUAGUAGGGCAUUCAGUAUUCUCCCAAGGAAUGAUAUUCAGUCAGGGCCAGGCAGCUGCGGUGAGGAAAUUCGUGAAUUGCAAGAGCUUCAAAAAACAUUCUUUAUAUUUCUAAAUGUUAUUGCUACACAUGAGCUUUCUUCAGUCUUCUUGUCCCCUAAAAGUACUCCGCACCUUGAGUUGAUGAUGCAUUUGCUGCUACAUAAUUCUUGCAAUCAUAAGGAUAUCAAUAUUAGAAAGGCAUGUGUUCAAGUAUUCAUUAGGCUAAUCAAGGACUGGUGCUCUGUUCCUUAUGGCAAAGAAACGGUCCCUGGUUUUCAGAAGUUCAUAAUCGAGACAUUUGCAGUCAAUUGUUGCCUGUACAGUGUGCUUGAUAAAUCCUUUGAGUUUCGUGAUGCAAAUACUGUCCUCUUAUUUGGUGAAAUAGUAACUGCCCAAAAGGUCAUGUAUGAGAAAUUUGGCAAUGAUUUUCUUCUUCAUUUCGUAUCAAAGUGUUUUCCAAGUAUACAUUGCCCUCAAGACUUGGCCGAACAGUAUUGUCAAACGCUGCAGGGCAAUGACUUCAAGGCACUGAAGUCCUUCUACCAGUCCCUCAUAGAAAGGUUGAGACCACUACAAAAUGGCAGCUUGGUUUUCAGAUAGCAAAACGUCAUGUAUUCUUUCUGGCUCCAUGUAACACUAAAGACCCUAAUGUUACAGACGUCGCUGUUCAAUAUUUAUCCAUCAAAGGUCUCUUUUCGUGUACAUAUGAUUCGUUGGUCACCAUGGAUGGUGGAGAUCCGUGGAUGUUCGUUAUUUCCAUGUGACUUCAGUUUUGUUUCGUUCACAUCAUCUAAGGGAGAGUAUCAGCAAAGAACGCCCUCAAGAAGGCGAUGCCUCUGGACCUCAGGUUCUAUCUUCCAUAUUACGAGGAAAUAGUAGAUUUGGUUUUUAAAACUCUACAUUCCCUUUUACUUCCUUUGCCCGUCCCUAGUGUGAAAAUGAGCAGAUUUUGUUUUCAUCAUCAGUCUUUAUAAAUUAGUUCCCGUUACACGAUCUUCUUCAUUUCAUUCAUUGUUUUCAUACGAAGCGACUCAUAUGUGAUCGAGUUGAGCUGCUUUCCACUACAAUCGUUUUCCUAUUAUGAAGUGUGAAUGAAGAAGUUGUUGCUAUGCUAGUGGUGAAUCUUGACAUAUUUAGUGUUAAAAAAUAUUAUGAUUGUUGUCGGAUUCUCUGAUAUUCUUGUGAUCAUAGUAGAAAUCAAGCCAAUUCUUUCAUCAUUUA